UAUAAAUGCAACGAAGUACUUUAUUGUGAACAGUGCUACAUCUGCAUUAGUAUACUUGUGAUAAAUUCCAUUAUGGUUUCGAUUUUUGAAAUAUUAGCUUUAACGACACUGUGCGCUAGUGUCGCUCAAAGUGAAAUGUAUGCGCCAUGCCAUCUUAACGACAUGGACUGUUUUGAGGCGACCCUUAACAAAGCCCUACCUCAGGUCUUCUCUGAAAACCAAACCCUUGGGGUAGAAUCAUCUGAUCCCUUGAAAGUUGACCUGAUAGAGGGCGACAUGCCCGAUCUUAAAUUUAAACUUUUUUCUACAAUCACUACGGGAUACAAGCAGUGUGUUAUCAAAAAUGUGAAAAUGAACUUAGAUGCACUUACGUUACACGAGGAGCUUGACUGUCCGAAUCUAGAAACAACUGGCAAAUACGAAAUCUCUGGACGUCUCAUGACUUUACCAAUUGAGGGAAAUGGAGACUUCAAAAUCGCUGCCGAGUCAUACCAUAUAACCCUCGAUCUUGAUUUGGAAACUGUGGUUGGAGAUGAUAAGAAAGUAUAUCUCACCAUCAAAUCUUUCAAACAGAAAAACGAAGCAACAGCUCCAAUUUCUUUCGACUUCAAAAAUCUUUUUAAUGGACAAAAGGAUCAGGCGGACAAAGUCCUCACAUUUGCUAACCAGAACUGGAAGCAGGUCUCCGAUCUCCUGCAGGAACCUAUUUGGUACAACAACAUGAAGACAAUCCUCUCUAGCUCCAACAAAUACUUAAUGACUGAACCCCUUGAUCAAAUGUUCAUAUCACCUUAGGUUGUUAAAGUAAAAAUACAUUUGUUACAUAUAUUAGUAUGUAACAAAUGAAUACACAUACAUACACCCACCCCACUACAGUAGCACAUAAAACACAUGUAUCUCGUGAUUUUUCUACAUAAAUGGCAAAAUAUUCUUCGGGUAUCAGUCGCUAUAAUAGUAGCUCUUUUGAGGUUUGAGCAUAAAGAGAUCAUAUGAAAAAGACCGUAGUUAUAAACAUAUUAUUUAUAUUUUUAUUUUAAUAAUAAACUAUUAUAUAUCUAUUA